AUGUCUUCAGCUACAUCUAAUUUGGAAUCGAGAACUGAGAAUGCUUUUGAUGAAAAUCUUUCAUCGAUUGAGUUUAUUCCAUCGGAUCCUCAGACUACUUUUUAUCUUUUACCAAACGGUAUCGGAAAAGACCGACGAACGAUAUUCACCAAUGCACUUCAACGUUUCCAAUUACAAUCAUUAGCCACGUCAGAAAAUGCUCGUUUCAUCAUCGCUGACGAUCAAUUCGAUGUACCAAAAAUAUUCCAAAUGUUAAAAAUAGAAAGUCAUGAAGAAGCACCACCGACUGUCAUUCGAACAAAAUGGUUGAGCGAUUCAUUGAAAGAGAAACGUUUGAUUCCAUUAACGAAAGAUUAUAUCAUUCGUCCACCAUUAAUUCGAAAACAUACAGUGCCAUCUUUUACACAAGAAUCGACGACCGAAGAGAAGAAAUUCGUUCGAGAUAAACCAAAACGCAAACUGUCAGAAGAUGAACCGCAAGGCGGUUGUGCAACGCAAAUCAAACAAAGACGCUUUUCGUCAGACGAUGACGAUUAUGACGUGAAUGAUGAUUACAAUGAUACCGUAAAAAAUCCAUACAAAAAUGGUGAACUACCCAAAGGCAAUUGGAUGUGUUCAAUGUCAUCGCAAACAGCGAAAAAGAACACUGAAGUCAAUCGAGACAUUAUUGAGAAACUUCAAGCCAUGGGUGAACUUUACGCUAAGACUAACGAUAAAUGGCGAGCGUAUUCAUAUCAGAAAGCGAUUACAACAAUACGUCGUUGUACACAUCGAAUAGAUUCCUAUGAAGAAAUAAUCAAAUUACCUGGAAUUGGGGAGAGUUUGGCGAAGAAGAUUUGGGAGAUUAUCGAUACGGGUAGUUUUGAGAAACUCGAAGAUUUUCAAUCAUCGGAAUACAUGAAAGUAUUGGAUUUAUUCGGAAAUGUAUGGGGAUGUGGACCAAAUAUUGCUAAACAGUGGUACGAUCAAGGUUUUCGUACAUUGGAUGACCUUCGUACAAAAGCGAAAUUAUCUCAAAACCAACAAGUGGGACUGAAAUAUUAUGAUGAAUUUUUAGAAAGAAUACCACGGGAGGAAGUGACAGAAAUCGAAGCAAUGGUGAAACAGCAUGCACUUGCAUUAGUACCUGGUCUUACGAUUCAAACAUGCGGUUCAUAUCGUCGUGGGAAAGCUACAUGUGGAGAUGUGGAUAUUUUAAUCACACAUGUCGAUGGAAUUUCACACGACGGUUUACUGAUACCAUUGACGGACUCUUUGAAAAAAUGUGGCUUUUUGACGGAUGAUCUUAUCUUAUCCGAUAAAUACGAUGAUGACAGCGGAUCUCAUGUGAAAUACUUCGGUGUUUGUCUGUUACCCGGUGAAAAUCGAAAACAUCGUCGUCUUGAUAUAAUCGUUAUUCCACAUGAUGAAUAUGCAUGUGCAUUGCUUUACUUUACCGGUAGUGCACUUUUUAAUCGUUCGAUGAGAAGUCUCGCACAUAAAUACAACAUGUAUUUAUCUCAGCAUCGUUUGAAUACGGGUGUUAUUCGCAAAAAUAAUUCCAAAAUCAAUAUGGGAACACCGUUGUACACUCCAACGGAAGAAUCCAUUUUCAAAUAUCUGAAUUUACCUUAUCGUCCUCCGGAAGAACGUGACCAUUAA